AUGGGCAUCGACCGAAGACACAGGGCGUCCCUGGCUCUCACUCUCAACUUUAUAGCGCUGGUGUUCUGUGUCACCGCCUUCAGCACCAGCUACUGGUGCGAGGGCACCAGGAAAGUGGUGAAACCUUUUUGCAAAACUAACGUGAAGGAAAAACAGAGCAACUGCAUCGAGUACACCACCCCGGACAGUAACGACAGCAGCGUGGUCCGGUACAGCUGGGAGGCGGGCGAUGAUAAGUAUGUGAUUUGCUAUUUCCAUGCUGGUAUUUGGUUCUCUUGUGAAGAAAACAUCAGCGGAGAAGGGGAAAAAUGCAGAAGUUUUAUUCAUCUGACACCUCCUGCUGAACGAGGUGUCCUUUGGCUGUCUAUUGUAGCAGAGAUUCUUUACAUCCUUUUGCUGAUUGUGGGUCUCAGCCUCAUGUGUGUAGAGAUCUGUCACUACACAAAUGUGAUCGAUGGCUUGAAACUGAAUGCCUUUGCUGCCAUCUUCACUGUCCUUUCAGGUCUCUUGGGAAUGGUUGCCCACAUGAUGUAUACGACUGUGUUUCAAAUGACCGUCAACCUUGGCCCCGAAGACUGGCGGCCACAGACCUGGGAUUAUGGGUGGUCUUACUGUCUCGCUUGGGGAUCCUUCACAUGCUGUAUGGCUGCCUCAGUGACAACAAUAAACACAUACACAAAGACCAUCCUAGAGUUCAAGCACAAAAGGAAGAACUUGGAAAGAAGUUUAAAAACGAAAUCCAAACUGAUUGAGCAUGAAGUGCCAGCAGACCGAGUCUGGGACAGAUACAUUAGCUCGGUGCCCAGCUCAACAGAGGAGUUCCUCGAUCUCUCCAGCAAUGGCCGCAAGAUGUCCAGUGGCUCGGUCUUCGCAGAUCUCAACGACAUCCUGGAUGCACAGGGUGAGGAGUACUGCUGA